AUGAAUAAAAAAGUUAAUAAUCAAUCAGUUUUAAUUAAUAAUAAUAUUAAAAUUGAUAAAAACAAACAAGAUCAAAAGUUUGAAGAAAAUGUAACAACUGCAGAAGAUAGUUCAUCGUUCAAUAGCCCAUCAUUCUGGGAUGAUUUAACCUAUCAAAAACAAGAAAAUGAUAACUAUAUUAUACCACCAACAUGUUUUUCACUUCAAAGAUUUGUAUUAUAUGAAACUAAAACUAGAUUUUAUUUAGUUGGGUCAAAUAGAACUAAAAAUAGAUUUAAAGUAUUAAAAAUAGAUAGAACUUAUGAAGAUGAGGUUGUAAUUUCAGAAGAUCCAACCGAUUAUAACAAACAAGAGAUUCAAAAUUUAUUAACAAUGAUUGGUAAUGCAAAUAAAGAAGGUUUAACAAGACUAUGCUCAGCAUAUGGUAUUUUAGGUUUUAUUAGAUUUUUACAUGGAUAUUAUAUUAUAUUAAUUACAAAGAAACGUAAAGUUGGAAUGAUUGGAACUCAUUUCGUUUAUGGCAUCGAUGAUAUAACCUAUGUUUAUAUACCACCAUCAUUUCCAAGGACCAACUCACCAGAAUUCGCAGAUGAAACUCGUUAUAAAGGCCUAUUUCUUAGUUUAGAUUUAACCAAAGAUUUUUAUUUUAGUUAUACCUACGAUAUAACAAGAAGUUUGCAAUACAAUAUGACAAGGUAUUUUCAUUCACCCAUUCCAAAAAAUAUUCAACGUGACGAACAAACCAACAAAGCAAAAGUGUAUUAUAAUGAUCAAUUUACAUGGAAUCAGUUUUUAUUAGAAAAUUUAGUUGACCAAGCAAAGACAUGGUACUGGGUAUUGCCAAUUAUUCAUGGUUUCUAUGUUCAAGAUAAAAUUGAUAUUUUUGGUAAAGGUUUAGAUUUAAUUUUAAUUGCUAGAAGAUCACGUUAUUAUGCUGGUGCAAGAUUUCUAAAAAGGGGUAUCAAUGAGAAUGGCCAUGUGGCCAAUGAUGUCGAAACUGAACAGAUUCUACAAGAACCAUUAACCGGUAUCUCAAGCAAAGCGCAAUUCUCUUCAUUUGUUCAAAUACGUGGCUCAAUUCCGUUAUAUUGGGAACAAGAUAAUAAUAUUAUGACACCUAAGCCACCAAUUAAAAUUCAAAGAGUGGAUCCUUACUUUGGCUCAACUAUUUUACACUUUCAAGACCUAUUCAGAAAAUUUGGCUCACCAAUUAUAAUUCUAAAUUUAGUGAAAUCAAAUGAAAAGAAACCAAGAGAAUCAAUAUUAAGAGAAGAGUUUACUCAUUGUAUAAAUACUUUAAACGAAAUGUUACCAGAAAAACAUAAAAUUCAUUACCAAGCAUGGGAUUUCCAUCAAGCUGCUAAAUCCAAAGAUCAAGAUCAUAUGGCAUGGCUAGAUUCAUUCUCAAAUCAAUCCAUUUUAAAAACCAAUAUCUUUUAUUCACAUUCAAAACUUUAUUGUAAUUUCCUAAGAGAAAACUAUUCAAACACUACAACAGAAGAUAUCAAUUGUAAUAGCAAUUUAUUUGAAAUUGGUAGUGAACAAAUUGGUGUGGUUAGAACUAAUUGUAUUGAUUCCCUAGAUCGUACCAAUGCUGCACAAUUUUGUAUUGGUAAAUGUGCAUUGGCCUAUCAACUAUAUUCUAUGGGUUUAUUGGAAAGUCCAUCAUUAGAUUUUAACACUGGUAUUGUUCAAGUUUUAAUUGAUAUGUAUGAAGCAUGUGGUAAUCAAAUUGCACUUCAAUAUGGUGGUUCAGAAUUAGCAAAUACAAUUAAAACAUAUACAAAACAUUCUUUAUCAUCACAAUCACGUGAUUUAGUUAAUGCCAUCAAAAGAUAUAUCAGUAACUCAUUUAUUGACGCAGAUAAACAACACUCUAUCAAUUUAUUUUUAGGUUAUUUUGUACCUUCAAAAGCACCAGAGACUAUAGCACUAUGGAAUUUAGAAACUGAUCAUUAUUUGCAUAAUAUUACAAGUAGACUUCAACAUUUAAUUCUAGCAGAUACAAAUUGGUGGGAUGAACCUUUAUUACAAUUUCAAAAAAGUUCACUAUUGUACAAUUUAUCUUCAAAAUCCUCAAUGAUCCAAAUGAUGAAAGCAAAAUCUUUUUAUGAAUUUGAAGAUACCUUUUAUAAAAAUGAUAGAUUAACUUUAAUUGAAAAACAUUUCAGUUAUCGUUUUAAUGAUCCAAUUCGUUUUAGAAAUCAAUCCUCACCAUUAUCUAUAACAAUAGAAAAUCAAAAUAGACAAGGUCCAUAUUUACAACAAAAAUUAAUUACAGAUAACCAAUUUCCACAAUUUUUUCAACCACAAAAUAAAUUAGAUAAUAAUAUAAAUAAUAAUAUAAAUAAUAAUAUAAAUAAUAAUAUUAUUAAUAAUAAUAUAAACGAAAAUAAUAGUACAAAUAAUAAUAAUAAUGAUAAUAAUAAUAUUAAUAAUAAUAAUAAUAAUAAUGAUAAUAAUAAUAAUAAUGGUGAUGAUGAUGAAACAAAAAGAUAUGAUAUUAAACGUUGGGUAGUAUCAUUAUCAAAAAGAAAUAAUAGUCCAGUAUUUAAAAAAGAUGACGAAAUUAUUAAAAAGAAAAAACCAAUAACAACAACACCUAUUAAAAAUAAUCAAACAAAAUAUUAUAAAAAUAACUUUAAUCAACCUUUAAAACAUUUUGGAAUUCAUUUAGGUACAAGUAAUUUCGAUUUAGAAACUUUUGAACAAUAUACAAGUUAUCCCUGUAUCAAUCCUUUAGAAAACACAAGUCAAGAUGAAUAUAGUAUCAAAUUUUAUAAAGAAUAUUUAAAUAAUGAAAAACCAAAAAAUCCAUUUAUAAAUAAUAAUAAUAAUAAUAAUGUUAAAAGACCAUUAACUUUAAUUGAUAAAUUAUUCGAAACAAAUACAAGUGAUGAUGAUGAAAAUAAUAAAGAUAAUUUAGAAAAUAUAGAUAAUAACUACAAUCCUUUAUCCUCUUCAUUACCAGUUUCACCUCAUUUAAAUAAAAACUACAAAUAUCAACAUGAUUUACAUAAAAAUAAUUUUAAUAAUUAUAAUAACAACCAUAAUAACCAUAACAACCAAAAUAAUAAUCAUAAUAUCGAUAAACAUAAUAAUAAUCAUAAAUAUAACUAUAAUCAUAAUCAAAGUUAUAAUCAUAACCAUAAUCACAAUCAUCAACAUAAUAAUUUAAGUAAUAGUAUGGGAGUUUCAAAUCAAAGGAAAUCUUCAUCCACUUCGAGUAUUCAAGAGAUUACAAAAAAUGAACUUAAAACUUUUUAUUAUCAAUCUUAUCUUCAAUCCCAUAGCAGUAAUUCAUUAUAUCCAGUUCCACCAAAUCAUAUUGAUGCCUAUAAAAACUAUGUUAACCUCCCAAAAUCUUUAAAUCAUUAA